GCAAGAUGGCGAACCCCGAGGCACCGGCAGGAGGAGAACAUGUCCCAAUGUCGAAGAACAUGCAGACGUUUAAGAGCUGCUGGAGCUGUCGACUCAUCUGCGGCGGUGGCUUGAUCCUGUCCGGGCUGUACGUGUUCAACGCCGCCCGCAGAGUGAUGCGUCUCGGCGGGCCGACCUCCAUGGGGACGAUCGCCCAGAUUACUUUUGCUACAAGUUUGGCCGCGUGGGGAGUGGUUGUCAUCACUGACCCUGUGGGGAAAGCGCAAAGGAAGACGUGAAGUGAGGAAGAUUGGACAUGGGCUGCAAAAGACAAAUUGGAAAGGAAGGAAGGACACACUUCUAAACUCAUUACUGUAUUACUCUAGAUACAAAUAUUUGUAUUUGAUAUUUGUCGAGAUAAAGGCAAUUACUGUACAUGAUCAUUAUUCUUGUACAAUAGUUACUUCUGACCAAGCUAUUUAAUUUGACAUGUCAUUCGUGGGUUAUGUGAUCUGAUAUAAAGAACGAGAGUGGGGCUUUUAGCUUCACAUAUCA